UUUCCGUAACGUAAAUAUUACGUCUUCGUUACCCAUCGGCCCUCUGAUGUUUCGCAGGUAGCUGUUUCUGCAGCUACAAGAGCAGUUCAAUAAAUCACUGGUGUGGAGAUCCAGUCGUCACUAUGGGUGAAAGAAAAGGAACAAACAAAUACUACCCUCCAGAUUUUGAUCCGGCUAAGCAUGGAUCCCUCAAUGGCUACCAUAAAACUCACGCUCUGCGGGAGAGGGCCAGGAAACUGUCCCAGGGCAUCCUCAUUAUCAGGUUUGAGAUGCCCUACAACAUCUGGUGUGAUGGCUGCAAAAAUCACAUUGGCAUGGGGGUCCGUUACAAUGCUGAGAAGAAGAAAGUGGGGAACUACUACACCACGCCAAUCUACAGGUUUAGGAUGAAGUGCCAUCUAUGUGUCAACCACAUCGAGAUGCAGACAGAUCCGGCAACGUGCGACUAUGUAAUAGUAAGCGGGGCAAGCAGGAAGGAGGAACGCUGGGACAUGGCUGAAAAUGAGCAGAUCCUCACCACAGAGCGAGCAGAGAAGGAGAAACUUGAGACGGAUGCCAUGUUCAAACUUGACCACGGUGGGAAAGACAAGGAGAAGCUUAAGAAGGCUCUGCCCUCUCUGUCGGAGAUCCAGGACCACCAGUCUGGCUGGAAGGAUGACUUCCAGCUCAACAGCACCCUCCGCAGGAAGUUCAGGACAGAGAAGAAAGUUCUGGCUGAGCAGGAGGAGAAGGACAACGCAGUGAGGAUGAGGACCAACCUGUCCAUCCCCUUGCUGCCAGAGAAGGAGGAGGACAAGAAACUGGCAACACUGCUUACCUACCAGGCACCAGACUCCUAUGAGGACAAGCAGCACAGCAAGCGGAAAGAGAUCUCCUCUCGUUCGUGGUUCAACGCUAUCUCAACCCCACCCGGAGGAGCUGCAGGCAGUCUGCUCCAUAAGCUCGGUCUGCAGGGGAAAGAAGCCGCAGUGGCCAAAGCCCUGGGCUCCUCGCACAGCCCCCUGAUCCGCAAACGCACAGGAGGACCGGGAAUCAAAACUGAACCCUGCGCCACCAUCACCCGCAGACAGUCACACCCUCAAAUCAGCACAUGUGAUGGAGAGAUUUCAAAGGUCACUCAGAGAGAGGAAGCCCCAAGUAUAUCACCAACACAAGCGGGACAGGAGGUAACAGAGACAAAUGGCAGUGACUCCAGGGAGACACAUGUCAAAACCACAGAGGAAGCAGAUGAAGGACUGAAAAAGGCAAAGGACUUUGGGAAGCAGAAGGAACAGGACAGAAGUUCAGGAGUGGUCACGUCCCUCGUGGCGGACUACAGUGACUCAGAUUCAGAUCCUGGACAAUGAGACUUAAUGUUAGUAAAAUGGGACAGUUUUUGUUUUCAGCCAAUGGAGGUCAAUGGAAAUGUCAUUUUGUGAGAGUGAGACACAAACAUGAUGACUGUCAAGCAGCAGACCUCUGCUGUAACUUGUAUUGCUUUUCAAACAGUGGCGGUUAACCCACCUGUCUGGUCACAGUGGAAAUAUUCUGCUUUCUAAAACAAAAUGUGUGAAAUAAGAACAUCCAAACACUACAGACCUAGCUUAAAAUGCUAUUUGAUGGUAUUUAGAUUUUUAGAUUACCACAUGUGUGAUCAGAUAACAAAACUGUCAGGCACCUUGCAAAAUUAAAUGCAAAAUACUGUGUAAAAUAUUGUUCAACUGUUGAGUUCGUUACCUCAAACUUUAUAUAUUAUUGCAACAAUCUACAUCACUCAGUGAGGAACAUCAGGUGAUUAAAAAGAAAAGCUGCCAGCCUACUAUUCAUUCACAGUGUUAACAACAUGGUAGAAAAAGCUUUCUCCCAUGUGAAUCCUGCUGGAAUUGACAUCAUCAUUGUAUGUUGUGUUGUGAGUAAAGCAAAUAAACCCAGUGUGAGUGGCCACAGCGUUUUCUGGAUUUUGUUAUCCAGACUUAAAAUCAAUCUGGAUAUGCCAAAAAACAGAUUUGGGCUGGCUGUCUGAACAAGGCCUGCAGGCGGUGCUGUGUUGUCGGCCAUUUAGUCUUUUGUGUUAACCUGCGCACCCACACAGGUGUUUUCAGAUCUUGUUGUCUGCUCAGGUUGAAGUUGGGAAGUGCAAUGCUCAAGUUGCAUCAGUCACCUGAAUGUCAAUCAGCUCAUUCUGUACAUGCCCACAGACUCCUGAGAGGAGGUCUCAUCAUGCACAGCAAGUGAAAACACCUAUGUGGGGUGAUACAGGCAUUUAGGGGCGUUAACACCAAUUGUUAAAUCCUUUCAGUAUAAAAGCUAUGAGCACACUUUACACUAUAAGAUGGAUUCUAAGUGACAGCAUCUCAAACGUCUAUUGCUGGAGAUUUUAUAUAACUGCUGAAAUGUCCUGUAAUGGGAUUUUGUAAUGAGGAUAUGGAAUUAUUAGUUCAUAGCUAGUGUAACAGAGGUAGUGCCCUCUAGUGGACGCUGUU